AUGGAGGCGGCGGUGCUGCCGCGGGAGGGCCCGGCCCCGCCGCCCCACGAGCCCAUCAGCUUCGGCAUCGACCAGAUUCUCAGCGGCCCCGAACCCCCCGGGGGCGGCGCGGCGCCGGCGCGGCCGGCGGGAGAGCCCGACUAUGGGCUCUACGGCGGCGGCUACGGCCCCGCCUGCUCGCUUGGCUCCUACAACCUCAACAUGAGCAUGAACGUGAGCGUGAACGUGACCCCCGCGCCCGCCGCGCCGCCCGCCGGGGUCAUCCGCGUCCCGGCGCAUCGGCCCGCGCCCGCCGCGCCGCCCGCCGCGCCGCAGCCCGUGCCCGGGCUCUCGGGACUCACCUUCCCCUGGAUGGAGACGACGCGGCGCAUCGCCAAGGACCGGCUCUCAGCCGCGCUGUCGCCCUUUGCGGCCACCCGGCGCAUCGGGCACCCCUACCAGAACCGCACGCCGCCCAAGCGCAAGAAGCCACGCACCUCCUUCAGCAGGGUGCAGAUCUGUGAGCUGGAGAAGCGCUUCCACCGCCAGAAGUACCUGGCCUCGGCCGAGCGCGCCACCCUGGCCAAGGCCCUCAAAAUGACAGAUGCUCAGGUCAAGACCUGGUUCCAGAACCGCCGCACCAAGUGGAGGAGGCAGACGGCGGAGGAGCGUGAGGCCGAGCGCCAGCAGGCCAACCGCUUGAUGCUGCACCUGCAGCAGGAGGCCUUCCAGAAGAGCCUGAGCCAGCCGCUGCCCCAGGACCCGCUCUGCAUGCACAACUCCUCCCUCUACGCCCUGCAGAACCUGCAGCCCUGGGCCGAGGACAAUAAGGUGACGUCUGUCUCGGGGGUGGCCUCCGUGGUGUGA